AUGCUAGGACGAGAGGAGGACGAAAUUCCUAAUUUGGAUGUCGUUCGUGAUCGUCUUUUGGUACCGUCAUCGGUGACAUCAAAAGGCUUUGAAUAUCCUGCCGAAGGCGAGUCGGGCGAAUAUCUCGUGAUACCAGCGAGCAGCAUCAACGAGAGUGGAAACGAGUGCGACAAAGCGGGUGUGGGAUUCGCGGCGUUCGCGAAGCAACCGGACCGGUGCGAACGUGUCAGGGGAACCUGUUUGAAAAAUCAGCCCCUGGCCUACCGUAGGCGCGACGCGGAAGCUCGCGCGGCCGGGCGACCUGGUUGCUACUUCUUGAGCAAUUUCGCAUCCGUGCCGAGCGAGCCCAUCAAGUACAGCGCGAACGGAAGCGGAAGUCACGAGUUCCUCGCUCUGGAGUACCAUUCGCUGCACGUGUCUGCGAUCGACAUCGAAAUCGAGGCGAGUUACAAUGCGCUCAUGGAAGGACCCCUAGGUCGCAUCAGCAAAGUAUACGUGGACAGCAGAGCUCUUAAUCACACUAUAGUGACAGUAGUGAUAACCAAUACAGGACUGACUUCGAUGUUUUAUCAAUCAAGAAUCGCGAAAUGUUCCAACAAUCCUCCAGAAUCUUGGGUGAACGCUACGUUUCCUAGGAAAUUAAUUCAACCUCGAUGCGAACAAUCAAUAAGCUUGGAUCUCUACGGCGAGCUGCCCAUAAACGAAUUUCAUUGUUCUGUGCAAUUGUUGAAUCGUCUCGGAGGACUAGUGGCUACCAGAAGGAUAAAAGUACGGAAAAUGGAUCAUUGUUCCUGCGUGUUGCACUGUUUAUGUGUGUGCGUAGGCGACGCGCGUGGCAUUACCUGCAAACCGAUGUCACCAGAGCUUUAUCACGCCGCUGGAUUUCGCGGUCCUGUUCCUGCCUCCCACAAAAUUUUCGUAGUAACUGUAGACAUCCUAUUUUUCAUUGUCUUGUCGGUACUGCUUCUGGUUUUCGUGGGUUUUCUAAAAUGGUCGAUCGGCUUGUAUAUACCGAUGGUAGGUCGUUGGGGUUUGGAUUCUCUGUUGGAAACUAGCGGAAUGUCUGAGUACUUCGAACGAGAAUUAAAAUAUAAAUGCGUGGUGAUGGAUGAGCAUGGUGCACCGGUGCAUCCAGAUACGUGCAAGAGAACGGUUAGAAUAUGCAGCAGGUACAAUAGGAUAACUAUAGUUAUAAUAGCACAAUAA